AUGAACGGUACUAAGAACAGUUCAGACCAUCUUGGCAAUGAUGUGGACCAAGAUGAAGUCACGCAACUACUUCCACCACAAGCCGUCACUAAAGGAAAAGAAAACAUCCUGAAAAGAUGCUUUCACGACCGACGCCAUAGACGCAAAGUCCUACAUUCAGUGUGGCUAGGACUGAUCUUCAUUUCCCUGGGAAUGGCGUUGGGUCAAAGUGGACCGACCCUUCUUGACCUACAGAUACUUACAAACUCAAAUCUUGAAGCGGCUUCCCUCUUCCUCACGUCAUCAUCUGUUGGGUAUUUGGCUGGGUCUAUCCUGUGUGGUUUCAUUUACGACAGGGUAAACAAAAAUUUAUUCCUAUUGAUUGGCGUCAUAGGUCUUGGUUUAUUGUCCAUAGCGAUUCCUUUCUGUGUGAACGUGGUUGCCAUGAAUUUAGUCCGAACCGUAUUUGGCAUCUUCAUUGGUGUGGUUGACGCAGGCGGAAAUGCGGAGCAAAUGCGAGUCUGGGGUAACGAAGGGCACGAACUCAUGCAAAUGCUUCACUUUUUCUUUGCCAUUGGAGGCGUUAUUGCCCCUUUGUAUACAGGACCAUUCCUUGCCCAGACGUCAACAGCGAACACUUCUGUAGCAAAUCUUACCAACUCAACAGAUGAACCAACAAUUGUUCCACAAACACCACCAGUCACAACAGACGUUGGGUACGCAUACAUAAUAACAGGCGUCUUCUGCAUUGUAUCUGGAAUACCAUGGCUUGUCAUUUACUUACAAGAUAAAUGUGGCAAAGGAAGUGAUUUUAUAAAAGCUACCGGAGCCGUUACGCAAAGGAAGCUACCGUUGUCAAUAAUGUUGUAUUUGAUUUCCAUGAUUUGCUUGAUGUAUAUAUUGUACGUCUGUGCUGAAGUAACAUUUUCCUCAUAUCUUAUGACCUUCCUUGUGAACCAGUACAAUGUGGGAAAGUCCACAGGAACAAAUGCUACUUCUGUAUUCUGGGCUUUUUUUGCCGCCUCUAGAUUCGCAAUGAUCUUCAUAUCUCAAUACGUCACAGCUGUACAGUUAUUGUUUAUAUCCUGUGUUCUUAUGAUUAUAACAAGUAUAUGCUUUACAAUCGCCGCAGUGUUCAACGCAAUUGACGGAAUGAUUGUUCUUACUGCGUUCUUUGGCCUUAGUGUCUCCGCUGUGUUUCCUGCUGGCUUUUCGUGGACUGAAUCUCACUUGAUGAAAGUGACAUCGUGGGUGUCUGCUUGCAUUCUGAUAUCUUCUUCAUUGGGUGGGAUGGUUAUCCCAACUCUUCAGGGGUAUCUGAUGGAAAACGAAAGCAACCUAUGGUUCUGCUACCUCCUGUUGAUUGAGAUUAUUCUUAUGGUCCUGGUGUUUGUAAUCUUGUAUAUCUCGGCUAGAUUUUAUAUCAACAAGCGUUAUAUCUUUAUCAACGAAGUAUCAGAAAUAGAAACGCUAAAACCAUCAUGGGAUUCAUCAAAAAUAUAG